AAAUGGUUGUCUGUUUGUAUUAGUAACGAAGGGCCGAAAGGAAUUUAAAUCAAAGUAUACUAGGAGCAUCGAAAGAAAGUAAAAAAAAAAAAAAAUCCUGGCGUGGCAGUAUCAAGUGGUCAGCAUUAAAAUUAAAUCAAUUUGUAUUAUAUUUUAUGCUAAAUAGCAAUAUAAAAUAAUUAAUAUGAACACGACACUUGACUGUCUUGACAUUAAUUAUUUAUUAAUUUUUAAUUAACCCUUUUACUCUUAGUCUUAGGUUAGGACGGAGCCUUUUCGGGGUGUAGGCCCUAUGUGCCAAAAAGACGGAGCACUUUUUACGAGCUCGGCACUCGCACUGCUAAAAAAAAUUAUAAAAAAUAAACUAUUUCCUUAAUAUAAGUAAAACUAUAUAUAUAUUAUUUUAGGAAGUUGAAUGAACUAAUACAAUCUUUAGGAAUCAAACUGAAAUAUCAACAUUUAUGCAAAUGUUAAAUGAACUACCCUGAUUUGCAUAAUUUAUGUGUAUAAGUUUUUGUUAAACCUAGAAUAAACAUGACUUACUUCUAUCAAUUGUGUGAAUUUUUUGAUCGAUGAAGCCUGAAUAAGUCCUAACACUUAUACUUAUAUUUUUGGGAAACAAGGCCCAUGGAGGCCCUUCAGAUACAUCUGGCACAUGUUUCUACUCCUUCUCCACCCCCACCCCCUAUUUUUCAGUUGUUACAGACACACUGUAACAGGCGCCCAUUUAUGACCUAGGGACCUUCUCUUAAGCUGGAUGCUACUGAGAAAGAUGUCUGCAUAUCUAUUGGUCUCUCUCGUAUACAUUUGAAUGAUAUUUAGUGUAAAAAAUAGCAUAAAGUACUCAAAUGGGGUGCCUAUGCCUUAUUUAUAGGACCUAUGUUGUCUAAAAAUUCAGAGGGGUCAUCCCUGUCCAGUUAAGUACCCCUAAUACUAGUAAUACUAAACCAAGAGUUCACAACAUUAGCAUUACCCUCAAUUUGAAAGUCUUCAUUAAUUUCCUGUUUGUUUUCAUCAGUUUCAGUGUCAAAUUCACUGCUAGAACAUCAAAAUUACUAAGCACAGUUUGAUCAGAGUCACUGUCAGACAUGUUCGAAUUUCACGAUGUAACUACACACACAAAAAAAAAUUCCUGCACACAAAUAAAUUGAGUUCACCAUCAAUGAACGCCGCCAUUACAAUACCGGGAUGUGCAGGAAUAUGUAAGAAUAAUUUUGAUUCGCUGGUGCAACGCCAAGCCAGCCAAUAGUGAGGCUCGAUUUAUCGGGCCGACGGCUCGGACUUACGUCUUUCUCUCUAUUCAACCUUGGGCUGAUAGAUCGGCCCUUACGUCCCAAGAGGGUUAAAUAUUAAAUUGACUCAAUAAAUUAUAAUUUGAUGAUAAUUUAAUAGUUAUAAUGAAUAAUUAUUUAACUUAACUAUUUACCAUUAUUUAAUGCUACUACUAAACUUCAAAUUUUAAAUCCUAAGUCUAAAAAUGUAUUCAUUAGGCUAACUAAUGAGUAAUUCAUGUUGAUUCAAUCAUAUUCAAUGUGUCCUUGCCUUUGCCUUUGUAACUUUGUAUCUAUCUGAUAAGUCUAUCUUUAUUAUUAAUCGUAAUUAUAAUAUGAGCUUGACAGAGCCAUAAAGAAACUAAAUUCUCAUUUAUAGAACCAGGCUCUUAGUCUUGUCUUAUGCAUCCAUAACAAGAUGCUGGUAAAUUUAGGCUCUACAAGGAAAACAAAAUAUACUCGAUCUUAUAAUAAUGUUAUAAACAGCUCUUUUCAAAUUGGAGAAAAAGUUGUAGCAAAAGCAAAAAAAUCCCUUUAAAAAUAUCUGGAAAAAUGCCAUCAUUUUAUAACACCAAUAUUUAAAAAAAGGAAAGGCUGCUGAUGAUGUUAAAAAGCUGUAGUAUAAUUAUAAUUAUAGAUAGACUGAUAUCCCUGACCUCUUGUUGCAAUGGAAAACUUUAAGAAAGAAUAAUUAACAAUCACCUCUUUCUUUUGGUGGCUAAAAAGAAUCACCAUCAGUGAACACCAAGCUGGUUCCAGAGCUGGACAGGGUACUUAUAAUAAAUUCUUCAGCCUGAGCAUAAGGAUCUUAAAUGGCUUCCUUGACAAAAAAAUCCACAUUAGUCUUUGUCCACCUCCAGCAGGCCUAUGAAACAUUGUGCGGAAAUGCUUUCUCUGGAAAUUAAACACUGCAGGGAUUCACAGCAAGCUGUGCAAAUGUUUAAAAUUCUUUCUUACUGAUUGUACAACCAAAACAAAAAUAAAAGAUGCCACCUCAUCAAAGUGUAUCCUGGAAGAAGGGCUUCCACAACGUUCAUUACUGAUUUGUACCCUAAUGUUCAUUAAUGAACUACUUGAUGAGCUACAGCUGGAGAAGCACAAUAUGCAAGUGACCUUGUGAUGUGGCAUAGGCCUACUGGCCAACACACAGGUAUAAGUGUAAGGUGUCUUAACGAUGACUUGAUAAGGCUGAGUAGAUACAGUGGAAACUGAAAGUAAACAACACCAAGACUGUAUACUUGGUCUUCAUAAAAUCCACAGGGUAGCCAAACAGAUCACACAGUAAUAGCUGCAGAAAAAAAAAAGCAUCCUAAAUGAGGAUAUAACCUAAAUAUACACAGAUGGAUCAGCUUUCAAAGAGAGCUCUACAUGAAGGCUAUGGUGUAUAAAUAAAGUACCCAGACUGAUCUGAUGCGAUCAUGUGACGAACUCUGCAACCCCUGUGGAGCGAUCUAAAGUGAUUAAUUGAUGGGCUAUAAGCUCAAGUGGAAGAUGUGUUUUGAAACACUAGCUCAGUCCCAACCCUGAAGAUCCAAUAAAUUGUCUACAAAUGACAAGAACAGAUCAUGCAUAAUCUUUCUCCUGUGCACAUGGUACAUGCAACUUAAUUUCUACUUAACCACAUAAAACCUGAUAAAAUACCAAUGUUCUCCCGUUUGCAAACAUCUAAAUGAGUUAGUAACACAUCACCUUUUCCAUUUACACCUAAACCAUCUAUCAAAGACACAGGACUACACCAACACCCUAUAUACAAGCAAAGAACAGCUGCAAAGUGUGUGUAAAUUCUUCACCAUGGCCAUGGCUGAAGGGCAUAUUUCCAAAUGGUCAGUGAAUCUAAAAUUAAAUUAUGAUGUUGAUAAUUAUUACUUCUUCAUCUUAUAUUUGAGGGCCCACGAUCAAUGUGUUGAUCAUUCUGGCUCUGGUUUGAAUUCAGAGUUUUCCUUCUCUUAGAUGAGUUGCUAAUGGGUCCCAUCCAUCCGGGGUGCUUGGGAUGUUGGCAGCAGAGGCGUAACUGGGUUUUUGACGCCCUUGGCAAAUUUAUUUUUGGCGCCCUUGAUAGAUUGAGAAGUUUCAGCUUUACAGCGCAAUUUUGAGCUGGUGCAGGCCGGCGCCUUUGGCAACUGCCCCAAUACCAAGCUGUUGUUACACCACUGGUUGGCAGACCACCUGCUAUUUGGUUUGAUACAGUUUAGACAGCUCGGCCAGAGCUCACCCAACAGACCACUCUACAACUAUUUUAAUUUAUUUUUUACUUAAUAAUUUAUUUUCAUAAUUAUAGUUUAAAAAAAUAAAGUUUAUUUAUUUGCUUAUGAGUCUUGUGUUAAUUAAUGUUAUUAAUAUUAAUAUUGGUCAUGAUGAAGAGUUGUCAUUGCUGUGAAUAAGUAUUAGCAUUGACAGUAUUGUAGAAAAAAAAUUAUUAGAAAUAUGUGUUAGCGGUCUUAUUCAGAUAACAGUAGUCAAUACUGAGUAUAACAGUAGUCAAAACUUAGUCAAUAACACAAGUGCUACUGAUAAACACUGUCGAAUAGCCUAAUAUUUGUUACAAUUUAUAUUAUAUUAUGGUUUUUAUUGUUGCCAACUGGCAUACCUACAUCUUCAAGAGACAACUGUGUAAAUGUAGCUUCUUAUCAUUAUCUGCAUCUCCCCCUCCCCCCAAUGGUUUAAAACAAAGUCUGAUUCUAUCGACACUAGAUUGGUAUACCUUGCUGCACUUUUUACAAGGGAACGUUGUAUGUUGUUGUCAUUAAUCCCUUCUUAUAUGUCUGUAUUCUCCUUGCUCAUCUAUGCGCUAUAAUAAUUAAGUUAUCCCAGUGACUUGUGUUGGUGCUGGCUGGUUUCAUAUCUUUCUUGCAUAUGUCCUUGUAGACUACUUGUAUUGCCUAAAUGACCACUCACAGGAUUUUUCCCCCCUCUGUCUUUUCACCUUACAGUCCUUGUAAUGUGGCAUGGAUGCUAUUGGUCUAAUCUCUUGACAUGGCAGCCAUCAGAGAACUCUCUCACAUAGAGUAGAGUAACAUGAUUGUCAAUUCUAUGACCUCCAUACACAGCAUACUUCCUCUACCAGACACUCACAGAGCAUCUCCUAACUUACAAAGCUGUAGGCUUACUGUAGUGAGACCUAAAUAAAUUAACACUAAUUGAAAAGCUGCUUAUUUUAUAGGCCUUUUAGACAUUUCCAAAAAAAAAAAAAAAAAAAAAAAAAAAAAAAAAAAAAAAAAAAAAAAAAAAAAAAAAAAAAAAAAAAAAAAAAAAAAAAAAAGAAAAGCUGCUUAUUUUAUAGGCCUUUUAGACAUUUCCAAAAAAAAAAAAAAAAAAGGAAAGAAAUAAAAAGUAGAUAAAGUGAAGAAAUGAUUGAUUCAGUAAAUUCAAAAUAAAUAGGUGAAAAUAUGCUUUUCUCAUUUCGCAUUAUCACUUCUGACUAUUUCACUCAGCUGAUAGAAAUCAUACUUCUACUUUUUAUUUAUUGAAUUCAUUUAAAUGUAUUUUGUGGGUUCUAUAUAGCAUUUUGAAUCCCAUUUCAAAGACCAUAGGGUUUGGUCUCUGUGACUGUAAGUUGCUUCUUGUUGUUUCUUGGGAUGAAGGUACUGUACUUACAUUCAAACUGUCCAAUGUCAAUUAUUUUAAGAAAUUAUAUUAUUUUGAAAGCAUUUCCAGCUGAUACCAUGAAUUUUAAAAUUAAAAAUUACAUUAUAUUAGGCAUAUUAUUCAAAUAAAAAUUCUGCAUAUGAUUUCUUACAGUGACUGAGUAUUAAAGGGAUGUUAAGAAUAUCUUUAGUGCAAGUAAAGUAGAAACAAAAUAUGACAAAUAUUAGCCAAAUUUUUUUGACAUUUUUUUAGUAACUACCGGUACUGAAUAUGGAAUUUCUGGUACUUACUGGUUACAGCAACAACAUUGUUGGAUCAUCUAGAAAUAUAUAUUGUGUUUUGAGUUCGUUUACCUAAUAGUGUAGAAAGAAAUUGUUUCAUGAACAUAAGCAGCACUGUUUCAAUAAAUUUUCUUGUGUGAGUGGCAUAUAUUUUUAAAAAUAUUCCUUAUUUAAAUUUUACAGCUCAUGUCAGGUAUGUGCAUGAGUCUCGAGAUUGACCUGUGAAUGCAGCCCUCUCUGGGGGCUCAUGGGUUGUGGUGCCUCAACUGUCUACACCGGGACCAGGGGGACACUGCAUCAGCCAAAUAGGAACAUCCACAUAAACAGUAUAAUUAACUGAGUCAUUCUGUUAACUGUUAUUCAGUUUUAGUCCAGUUGUUGUGGCUUGGCUUUUUGUUACAGCAAUUGCAAUGUAAAAAAUUCAUGUUUUAGGAUGAGGCCUUCUACGCUAAAAGCAGUCUAAAACUGUUUAGGUUUAAAACUAAAAAUUUUGCUUGAACAGUUCAUUAAAUUAAAUUUUGCAAAGUAAAUCUUGUUAAAAAUCUGAUUUUGUGAUAAGUUAUUUUAAGACAUUGAUAGCUGAGAAUCAUAACGAAGAAUAGCUUGGUCGUAUAUGACAUCUUAAUAUUACAUCAACAUUCCAUUUAUCACACCACAUUUUUUUUCUAAUGUAAUGGAAGUUGUGUUACAGCAGCUCAAAAUUUAAAAUAAGUUAUUUCUCUGAUAUAAAUAUUUUCUAACCUUUUGACAUAAUUGACAUCAUUUGGUAAAACUGAAAAAUUUUCAGUGAACUUCAUGUCUUAAAAAAAAAAAAAAAAUUUGUCAGAAUUUCAAUUUAAAACUAAACAAUCUAAAUCUUAAAAAGAUAGUUUUGGACAACUAGUUAGUGCAAAUAGUAUUUUAGUUUUCAAAAUGCUUUUUGUUUUUUGGUUGCAAAUUUGUCUAUAAGUGGACACUAAUUACCAUUGUGGAUAUGUAUCCAGGGGAGUGCACUUAAAUAAGAAGGUUUCUUACAACAAUGUUUUCAAGCUCAAGUCUGUUCCCAGUGUAAUUCUCUUAGAUUGUUUGCACUCACCUGGCUUGGAUACCAACUUUGCAUUUGAUUACCAUUACAAAGUAUAUUUUUUUUUAAAGUUAUAAAUUUCAGAUAAUAACUCUUUGAUCAUUUUUGGAAUUCCUUAGUUUUAUAACAACUUUUCUAAUGUGCUUUAGUUCAUUAAGAAAUAUUUAUUUAUUUGAAAGUAUGAAUUCAGAUUUCCAUUAUAUUUCUUGAGUAUAGAAAUUGCAAUUUUCUAAACUCUGAUGUACAUGUGGUAUUCUUUUAUGUGAAGUCCUAUUGUUCAGUUAAGUACCGGGUAGUAAAAAUUCUUAUACUGGAUUUUACCUCAUGAAAAUGAAAAUUUUAUGAUUACUAUUAAAAACUGUACAAUAAAUUAUAAUUAUAAGAGUUUAUUAAUUUGCUUUCAUCUUAUUAAAAAACAUUAGGCCUAUAUAACUAUGUAACUUGAAGCAUAGUUAAUAUUAUCCUCUGUAAGAGGCACAUAUACAUUGUGAAUGACAGUAUACCCAGUAAAACUUGGCUUCAGCUUGGUUCAAAGACAAUCCAAAAAUAUGAUUUAACAGAAUGGAAUUAAUGAGAAUCCCUUGCUCAAGACAUUACUUACUUUAACACCUAUAAUGGUGGGAAAAUUACUUAUUUUAAUGUAUAAUCAAGUGCACUAUCUGGCUGUUAUUUAUGAAGCUUCUUCAGAAAUUGGUAAAUAAAAAUAUGGAGUCUAUUUGAGAUGAGUCAGACCAGAGCUUAAAUUUAAAAUACAUUUUCUAAUUAAACAAUCAGACAAAAUAUCCCACAGCUUUAACACAGUUUUUCAUUUACUAUCCUUAUUUUUAAAGCCUGUUUUUAAAAAAGGUUGUUUCGAAAAGAUAAACAUAUAAUUUUAUAAAGGUGGCACUUUUUAAUGAAAAAUGAACUAUUUAUAAAAUUACACUAUGCUCUUAAUAAGAGUUAUGUGUUAUAGAUAUAUAUAUAUAUAUAUAUAAAACUGUCUUGUAAAUAAAAUAUAGUUGAAAUCCUUUUCUAGAAAAAAUUAUUUAUCUAUUCAUUUCAGUUAUUGAAGCAACCAGCAUUCUUGACUAUGAUGACACAGAUACUAUCAGCUCACGGAGACAGACACCAAUUAUUCCUUUGCAGACCCAGUUGGUAACUUCUCAGCCUGCUAGUCCUUACGGACAAGCUGCCAUUAUUACAAGCAGCGCUCCGGUCGUGAUGUCCUCACAACCAGUAACAGUUGUUGAAGUUUCUUCUGUUGACAGGCCAUCAUCACCUACACCUAGCACCAGUAAGGUCCUGCACAGAACCUACACAUCCAUUCAAGUGAUGGAACACGAAGAUAUCCCUAUGAUUGUCCAUUAAUGAGUAAACAAUAGAGACUUGUAUGUGGUUAAUUCAUGCUUGUUGUUGGCACAGAUAUAAUUUCAUGAGGCUGUGGUAUACCAUAUGAAUUGUGUUAAUUCAUGCUUGUCGGUGGCACAGAUAUAAUUUCAUGAGGCUGUGGUAUACCAUAUGAAUUGGGUUAAUUCAUGCUUGUUGGUGGCACAGUUUUAAGUUAUUAAGGCAGUGACAUACCAUAUGAAGCCAUGGCAACAACAAAUGAUGUUGUUAUUGGAUAUCACAUUGAUGACUAUGACUUUGUGGAAAAGCUUGCAGGUACUGAUAUACUUUAUAAUUGUUAGGAAUCUGUCUUUGCCAAAUUUAUUACUACCUGUUGUUAAAUAACUUGUUGAUAAGCUCUAUUUCUGUGUAUGUAAAUUUUUUGUUGUUUUGGCUUGAUGCAUUUGUAAAUAUAGUGGUAUUGUCAUUAAUUUCUACACUCUGCCAAUUGUGAUCAAUGUUUGUAUGCAUUAACUUUAUUACACCUCAUUUAAUUAAUGAAUUGAAUAGGAAUGUCAUUCCUCACACAUCAGAGCCCCUGAUUCAGUUUAUUUAUUUCAAUGAAUUGUAUUCUAAGACAUUGUUUUUUAGUUAUUUUUAAUCAACCAAAUCACUUAUAUUUAAUUUGGUGUUUAAUCUCUAUUUAGACAAACUGCAGCAAGCAAAUCUGUCUGUCUGGUACCAUAAACCAAAGGAAGCAGUGAAUCAAACAAGCCAAGCCAUUCUUGGCUGUAAGGUAACUGAGCUUUAAAUGAAAGUCUUGUUCUCAAUCUUCUUAAUCUAAUUUAUUAAAUCAUAACAUUUAAGUUGUGGCCCAACUAAUGGCUGAGUAUAUUGAACACUUCCAGAGCUUCAAUUUUAUUUUUUGUCAAGUAAUAUCAAAACUGCACUCAAUACACAUCUCUUUAAACUCUUAAUAUCCUGACUGAUAAACGAUGCUGCUGGGUGCCGUCCAAGGCUUGACAUGUAAAUAUUUCUGGAAUGGGUGGAGUGAAUAUACAUUUGUUUUGUUUUAUUUAAUUAAUGUACAUUAAUUUUUAAGUUCAUGAUUGUGUUUGUUAAAUUGUAUGUACAGCGAGGUGAGACCAGCCUUAGGCUGGGGUACUGCGCUAUAUAAAACCACUAAUAAUAAUAUCACAAGUACAAGUAACAACUCCAACAUUAGAUGGUGAUUUCAUAUUCCAUUUAGCCUUUCAUUGGUUGAUUUUACAAAAGCUUUAAGUUCUUGUCUCAAUGAUCAUGAUCUGUCUCUGGUUCUAUUUGAUCCCCAGAUCUACGUGGCCAUAAUGUCAGAGCUAGCAGCUGUUGACCCCACCAUGCAAGAACAGCUUGCCCUUGCCUACAUCUCAAACUCAGCUAUCUACCCUUUGUCCAAAAUUCGUUUCAGAUUUCUUUCCCCUAAACUGAGUGGAGGCGUGUAAGUAUUCACACUUGUUCACAGGAAUCUCGCUUGAUAUUUUUGGAAAUUUAGACAUAGUUCAUAAUGUAAAAUAGUUUGUUGUUUUGAUUAUAUUACCAGCACACACAAUUUAGAGUGGGUUCACGAGCCUAUGACCAACUGAAUUAAAUGUCAUCCACUUGAUUUGUUCAGUAUUAUUCUAUUGUUGUACACGUUUAUAUUAAUGACGAUAUGUUGAGUCUUUUUACAUUAAAUGGGAAACUCAUUUGCAAAAUGGUUGGAGAUGGGAGCUGUCAAUGGCUUAAACUCCACGAUCAAUGUUUAGUUGACUUAUUGAUUAAAUAGGUUAUAUUUUUUUAACAUUCAAAUAAGGUAUGUUGUCCUUUAAAUUUUGUUAUGAUUCAGGAAACUGAUGUUAGCCAAAAUAAAUUGGUGCUUUGUGUUGAACAUGGAUGAGUUUGACAUCAAAGUCGAAUCACUGAUCAAAUGUAUUAAGAAAGACAUCAAGAAUAAAAGACAGCAUGACAGUAAUUCAGGUCAGAAUAAUUCCCAUCUGACUCUAGCAUUAAACCAUGGACAAGACCUUGGUGGCGAUGACUCAGAAUUUGAAGGUGUGCCAGGACACAAUCAUUUCAAAGAACUUACCACCCAAGUUUUGUUUUGGAAUCACCACUUCAAUGAAAAAAUUGAGGUUGGUUAUCAGUUUUAUAAGUUUCAUUUAAAAAAAAAAAAAAUAUUCUAGAGGUGGAAUAUUUGGCUCGUUGUCUAGGUGUAUGAUUCAACCACAAAACAAUAAUCUUCAAGGUGCAUAAGUCUUUUCAUUCAUGACAGCAUUACAGCCGUAAUGCGUCUUCACAGAUAAUUCAAUACGAAUCAAAAUUAUAUGAUAAUAUCCCACUCUGCAAAUAUAUCUUGACAAAAAUCACUCUCUAAACGUCUCGCUCUCGCGAGUCCUAUCUCUCGUCUCACAACACGAUCUCAGUUCACCGUCUCACCGUGAACAUAAUAAUCCUCUCUUUCCCUCUCACGUCUGUGAACCCUUUUAUAUCCACCUUUCAUUCACUCGUUCACUCCAACAUCGUUCAUGAACGUAACAUGAAAAUAGUUCACUCUCGCUCCUAACCCCCGUUCAUCCCCACUUCCCACUCACACACACCACGGCUGAUUUCAUGAUCUUGACAGUUGCUAGUUGGUUUGAGGUGAAUUUAUCCUGGGGUCAUAAUUUGAUUAGCAUAAUUAAUAGAAAGUCAAAAUUUUAGUUAAUUAAAUAAAUAAAUAAAUAAAACUCUUCUUCGUUUCCUUUCUGGGAUUUUACUCUGGAUAUUAAAGUACUAGAAUAAAUGACCAUGUGUUAUUUCGGUAAUGUUGCAAGGCAUAUUGCGAAACCUUCUAUCUCCUAUUGCAAAGUUUUAACAUCUAAAAAAUCCUAUCUUUUACAUAUGUAACUAAAUCUACAAAAAAUAUAAAAUAUAAACAAUUUUUAAUGCUCUUGAAAUGUAUAUUUAGCAAAUAGUAAAUCAGAAUUUCUUAAUUUUUAAAGAAGAAUCUUUUUAUAGAUAUUAACAUUUCUUACAUCAUUGGGUUUUGAGAAUUUUUUCUUGUAUAUAAUAUUGGCCUACCAAACCCUGAUGGUUCGCUUAACUGACGUUUAGACAUAAAAGUUAAAGGAUUAUUGCAAAUAAUUAGCCGUAACACUUAAAUAAACCAUAUUCAAUAUAUUUACUUUAUACACAUUCACUGCGCAGUCUGCGCCACAAUCUUUUCAUGAAUGGUGGCAUUUAAGAAGUUGUGAACGAGGCUAGUUUGUUAGGGUAUGUAUUGAUAAAUAUAUAAAUCAAUAGUUCUACCUAAAAAGUCAAAUUAAAAAUGGAUGUUUAUGUGAUAAAAAUUGUAUGAUUUGAAUUUAUUCUUAUCAAAAUCUGCUGUGUGGUGACUUAAAACUGCUGCAUGGCAUCUGUGAGAUAUCUGCAUGGCCUUUCAGCUUAAAGGGAACAAUUUCUAUAGCAUUAACUAAUUUUGUUAGUAUCUUGAUUUAAAAUGUACCCAAAAUCUAUCUUGCUCCUGAUCUUUACUAUUAAAAAAUCUUUAAAAAAUGAAUUCUUAUAUUAAAGACUCAUCUCUUAACCAAUUUUCAAAUCUGUAACGGUCUUGUAUUUUUAGAAAACUAUUCUUAAGCUUAUCAAAAUUCCUAUGCCCCCAAAAUGUAUUUGCGCAAAUGGAAAAACAAAUUAUAUUUCCUCUAUUUUAAAGAAAAUCUUAACCCCUAUUUGCUCAUUUCCCUGAAAAGUGUUUCUAUUUUUAAAGAUUACUUUUUUACAUCUAUAAAAGUGUUGGGCUUUUAAAUAUUGUUAUCCAAUAUAAAAAUAUUCACACUCUCCUUUCACAUUUAAAAUUUAUUUUCAUCAAAUAUUUACAAUACAUUUUUCAAUAUAAAACAUACUUUUAUCCUUAUCAAUAUUUGCCCACCCUUUAACUGUAUAUUUUUGAAAAAGAAAAAAAUGUACAAUGUCCUAAAUUUAAAAGAAAUCCUAUCUACUAUUUUCCCCUUUCCAUCUUUAUUUAGUUUGGAGGUAUAGGUACAAUGAUGUUAGUGAGUCCUCAAUGUGUCCAUGUACUUGAACUACAUUUUACUACCUUACUACAAAACAUCUGUUUAUUUAUUUUGAAAGAAAAUAUAAAACCUCUCUUUAUGUCUGUAAUAUCAUUAGAGUUAAAUAUAUUAUUAUUGACAUAUAAAUGUACACAUCCUCUUCCCCCCCCCCCCCCCCCCCCCCCCGUGAAAUCCGUUUGUGGAAGAAAGUUGUUUGCCUUAGAAAGUUAAAUACACCAUAUACACCAUUUCAUUAGUCUUAAAACUAUCUGUAUACCAAUUUCCUGUCUGUAACUACUUGAGCUUUCAGAGAUUGCUUACUCAUCAAAUGUACCCACCCAUUUUGUGGUGUAUCUUGUGCUACCUUGGGCAAAAUAACAAAAUUACAGCUCUUUCCCUCCCACCCAAAUAUUUUUAAAAGAUAUUAAUAUAGACAUUAAUAAAAGCACCCUAGGGAUGGUAACCAAACCCCAUUACCCACUUUAGGCCCAACCCUGAACUAUAUUAUAUUAUACUGUCUGAAACCCGUUUCAUUUUCAUAUUAAAAAAAAAAAUAGUUCAUUGAUUAUUCUUUAUAUUUAAAAAAAAAAAUGGUAGUAUAGUUUUAAAAUAAAAUCAUUGCCAAAGUUCAAUCUGCAACAUAAUCAGGUUUUGAGAUACUGAUUUUAAAAUUUAACCCUUUGAUCUGCAUUUUCUUAUAUUAACUAGUUUUUUAAACUAAUAAUUUGAGCAAUUAACUCAUUAAAAUAAAAGUUAGAUUUAAUCUUACGACCUUAAACAGUUAACAGCAAUAUCACCUUAAAGUUGACAUUUUUUUACCUGUAAUUUUUUAAAGUUUAAAAAAAGUCUAAUGAAGAACAAACAAGUUGGUUUCACAAUCUGGGCAGUAUACAAUUUAUUUGUAUGCUCAUAAUUUACAUGCAAAAAACAGACUCUGGUUAGAGGAGAUUGCGCCAAAAAUCUGAUAUCAUAAUUAAUUUCACCUUAGUGUAUCAGACUUUCCCUUAUUUUAAAGAAAUGUCUUUGUAUAGAUGUUUACAUUGCUAACAUCAUUGGGGUUUGAGAAAUUUGUAUGUUUUAUGUAAUAUAGAACCACCAAAACAUUUAUCAUGCUUCUGAACUAUAAAGAAAAUAAUUAUUACAUUAAAUUUAUUUAUAAUUAUUUUAAUAACACUUAUAUAUUAAAGAUUACUUAAACUUUCAUAAAAGCAGAUAUAUUUUAUCAUAAUUGAAUUAAUUCGAUUUCCGUCAAAUAAUAAAAAAUCCCUAUCACAGUUUUUAAGUACCAGUAUCUGAUUGUUAUUUAAAUUCAUUUGAUUUAUGCAAAACAAUAAAAAUCACUAUAAUUUUUUUUAAGAAUAUGGUGUCAAGCUUAUGUAAAUUGAUUCAAUUUCCAUAAAAUAAUACAAAAUUACACUCAUUGUUUUUAAGAAUCCAAUAUUACAUGGUCACAUUAGCUCAUUCUUAUAUAUAUAUAAGACCCUACAUCACCAUAGACAUUUUAGUGUGGACAUUCUCUUUAGGAUGAAGAUUUAUAUAGUGGGUAAUUGUUUUAAUAUGCAUAACAUGGUUUAUUUUUAACUAUCAUCAUAUUUGGUGAUAAUUUGACAAAGUUUACUGAUAUGAAAGUGAAAGAAAAAUAUUUAAAAGGUUUUUGAAAACUAUUUCACCUGACCUGUAUGUGUGUCAGCCUCUGAACUUGUAAACGAAUUGAAUAAUAGAUUGAUUACUUUGAAGAGUAUUACUGUGUGCACAUUUACAGCUAUUUGGGAACUGUUUAUUACUAUUUUUUGUGUUACAAGCAAUGUAAUGUAUAGGUGGGAACAUGAGAAGUUAUUUGAUGCUGUAAACUUUAAAGGUUUAAUUUUGGUAAUUAAGUGGCCUGAACUUUAAAAGCUUUUCAUUUCCAGGUCACUUGGGAGGAGUUUAAGGAAAAAUUUACCCACGAUUAUGGUGAGAAAAUUGAGGCAGAGUUCCCCGAUGUCAAUGAGAAAAAAAUAGAUUUUGUGAUGAAUAUGGUACAUAAAGAAGUUUUCAACCUUAGCCCAGUAGUAACGAAAGAUAUAUACAGCAAUUUCUGCAUAGAAAGACAUCCCCAUGCCUUCUUCUUGAGAGUACAAGAAUACACAGUUGCCUCUUUGUCUCUACGUCAGGUGCUUAGUAUGGACAGCAGUUUAAGGAUUUCAACAAUACAGAACUUGGGUAUGUGUCUAAAUUCAUAAAAACUUGAUUAUGUGUUCAUCACAACUUGAGUAUAAUUAUAUGUACAUCUAUGUAUAACUUACAUAUCAUGCUUAGAUCUAUCUAAGCUAGGUAUUUUGGUUUAUUAUUCUUACCAUUCUUGCAUACAACUAAGCUUGACAGCAGAGUUAUUUGACUUGAUGUUUAAACUCCAAAAUCAAGUCUGGAAUCUGGCUAGCGAAAAUUUGCUUUGGAUCAUGAUUCUCAGAGUUCAUAAUAUAAAAUUCUCAUAUUGUUUACAGGUCACUUCUCAUUUCCAGCCAUUGUGUCUGGCUUGUCGGAGUUGUUGACAGAUAGAGACCCUAAUGUAAGGACAGUGGCAGCCAUAGCAUUGGCACAUGCAGGUAGGUGUCACCAUUUGUUUCCAGUUAUUGUGUUGUCAUGUGUUGUUUAGGGGCAAUAGUUUCAUUAAAAUCAAACCACUGUUCUACUUCUACUUUUCUGGUAGAUGUAGUAAAUCAGUAUGUGACACUACUUUCUCUGUCAGGCAGCAGCCAUCCUGAAACUGUUGACAAGCUAAUAAGCUUGGUUGAAGAUGAGGAUCGUUUGGUGCGGGAAAGUGCUUGCCUCAGUUUGGGCUUUCUCAGAGCAACACAAGCAACAGAUCCCAUUAUGAAUUGUUGGUGAGUUAUAAUGUUUUAUGACAUUGUUUAGAAAGGGGACACACCAUGUGGUUCCACUGGGUUGUGGAUAAGUUCAUGGGGUUUAUAAAUAGGUGUGGUUAAUAUAGGAUCCUGAAUAUCAUCACCGAUUUUAAAUGAUAUUUUAAAAUGUGUUAUGUUUUACCUGUGUAUUACCACAAUUUUGUUUGCCUGUGUCACUUGAACUUUGACAUUGUAUCAAGAUGCAUUGUUGAGGUCCUUACGUUUCUGGUGUGCUUUUGGGGUCUUGGAGCUCACUAUGUUAAGAUUUGGAACCACUAGGCUUUGAUUUUCAUAUUAAACCUAAUCUAAUUAGUGUUCUGUUUGACCCUAUCUGUUGGGUUGUUCUCAUUUGUAACUAAUUGUUGGCAGGAGGAAUGACCCCAUCUCAACAGUACGAGAAGCUGCCGAGCUAGCGUUGAGCAAACUGGAUGUGAUCGAGGCCCAAUCCUGCAUAAAAGUAACCAAGCUCUUAUCCUCAGAGAUGAACACUUUGAAACUGGCAGCUAAUACUUAGUGUGCGAUGAAACCCAAUCAGUGAUCAGUGAGUGGAUGGAUUUGAUCUGCUGAUGUUAGAGUCACAUUCAUUGUUGAUGUUAAUGAAUAUCUAGUUAGUUUAAUUGAUGUUGAUAGCCGGCAAGUAUAACCAGUAGCGGGAGCCAUUAACCUAUUAUUACAUGAGAAUAAAACAAAAACUAAACAUUCCUAGACCUUGCAUGACAUUGGGACAAAGUACUAAAUACUUUAGUGGCUUUAAGUUUGUAAUUGUGACCUCAAAAUUUAUGUGCCAAUUUUUUAAAUCUGUUACUGUACCUAAAGCUGGGCAGUGAAUGUAUGCAGUUGAUAAUUAAUUGGGG